UAUCGGCCGCCGUCCCCGACAGCAUCCGCCGCGAUCCGUAAUUGGGAAGCACUAAUCUUCCUCGAUUCCCCACCACUUUAUUUUUUUUUCCUCGCCACGAGGCCCACGAAUCUCUUCAGUUUGAUUGCAGUAACUGAUGGUGAAUUAUUUUUGUGAUCUUUAGACGAUGAGAUCUCGAUCAGAGCAGCCAUAUAAGCGCAGGUGACUCCGACCUAAUUAUUGUACUCCCUCAUCCGUCAUGCAGUAAAAGGCUCAAUUUUUUGCGCUGCAUUUUUUCCUGCCUUUUUCAUUUUUUUCUUGUGGAAGCCGUGGCUCACCGUUUCAGUGGCUGUCGUUCGCCUCGAUUCCUGUUGUAUCGACGACUACUUCCGAGUUACGUCUGCAAAAUAUUGCGAGAAAUUCCGUUUCCAGAUCCGGCGUAGAGACUUGCUUCUAAGGGAGCAGGGGAAAGAAAAUUCCCCUUCCGAUCUAUCCUUCCGCGAUUUUUUUCUCGCGAAGUUUGAAACUUUAUGAGACCGAGCUCUUUCCUUUUUCUUGCUAGCUUUUGAUUCGGUUCUGUGCCUGUUGCUAAAAAAAGUCUCCUUCGUGGACGACUCCAAGCUAUUUGCUGCAACAUAACACGCCUUCCUGUUUGUUGCUCUUCUUUCCCAUCUUUCGGUUUGUUUUCUAGAGCGUUCCUGUUCGCUUGCGCCUCUCCCGUGAAUGGAGGCGACAGAGUGGUAAGGCUUAUGUGAGCGAGCGACCUGCGGUCGGAGGAGCUCGGGAUUGGUGGAUCCGAUGGCGGCAGGCAACGAAACGGUGGCGGCAGUGAGCGCUGCAUCCGCCAGUAGUGGCUACCUCCAGAAGUUCAGGCUUUAUGAGACUCAUACGAAAUUCUAUCUAGUAGGAAGUAAUAAUAACAAGACACAAUGGAGGGUAUUAAUAAUUGAUAGGCUGGAACCCUCCGAGCUGAACAUUCAUGAGGACCCAACAACCUACUCCACCAUUGAAUGUAAUGAUUUGCUGAACCGAGUACAUGAGGGUAACACAGCAACAGGCGGAUUAAAAUUUGUGACAAAAUGUUAUGGUCUCGCUGGGUUUGCCAAGUUCCUUGGGCCUUACUACAUGCUGCUCAUUACUAGGAGAAGGAAGAUUGGUAACAUUUGUGGUCAUGCUGUAUAUGGUGUCUCCAAAAGUGAAAUGAUUAUCAUUCCAAAUUCUACUGUGCGAUCAGCUGUGGCCCAUUCGAAGGAUGAAAACAGAUACAAGAAGCUACUCUGUAGUGUGGAUCUCACAAAGGACUUCUUCUUCAGUUACUCAUAUAACAUCAUGCGUAGUCUUCAGAAGAACCUAUAUGAUGGCAACACAGGACAAAUUCUGUAUGAAACUAUGUUUGUUUGGAAUGAGUUCUUGACACAUGGCGUGCGUAAUCUUCUCAAAAACACUACAUGGACAGUCGCACUGAUUCAUGGAUUUUUUAAGCAGGUUAGGCUUUCAGUCUGUGGCAAAAGUUUUAAGUUUACACUCAUUGCCAGGCGCUCGCGUCACUUUGCAGGCACCAGGUACCUAAAACGUGGUGUUAACGAGAAGGGUAGAGUAGCCAACGAUGUUGAGACAGAACAGAUUGUAUGUGAUGAUAUUGCCGAACAGAUGUCUUCAGAAAUAACUUCAGUUGUUCAGAAUCGAGGUUCAAUUCCCCUCUUCUGGUCCCAGGAAGCUUCAAAGCUAAAUGUUAGGCCUGAUAUUAUCUUGCAUAAGAAGGACAAGAACUUCGAAGCUACCAGACAUCACUUUGAAAAUCUUGUGAAGCGAUAUGGAAAUCCUGUUAUUAUUUUAAAUUUGAUUAAGUCACGUGAAAAGAAGCCACGAGAAUCUUUGCUUCGAAAAGAGUUCAGUAACGCAAUUGAUUUUAUAAAUAAAGAUUUACCUGGCGAAAAGUGCUUGAAGUUCUUGCAUUGGGAUAUCCAAAAACAAUCUAGAAGGAAAGGUGAAAACGUGCUGGAAAUGUUAGGAAAAGUGGCAGCGUAUGCCUUGAAUCUAACUGGAAUUUUCUAUUGCCAAUUACCACCUUUUGUGAAAAUUCAAGAUAUUGAUCUGCUGCUAGAUAUUGGGAGACAUGAUUUUAGAAAAUUGUCAUGCAAUAACCAAUGCAGGGUACCAAUAAUUUCCAUUGGUUCUUAUGACAAAUCCUGGAAAGAUGAAGGGCAGAGCUCAGAUAUUUCUCAAAGUGAAUACUUUGAGGACAGAACUAAAUGUGAUGAUGAUAAUUCAGCCAAUGAAAUACAUAAGCCCGCUACUUCUCACAGUGACUAUUAUGCAGAUGAAGUUGAGUGUAGAGUCAACUUGGCUAAACCACCAAGGCUGCAAAGUGGCGUCCUUAGAACAAAUUGUAUUGAUUGCUUGGAUAGAACAAAUGUUGCACAGUAUGCCUAUGGUUUGGCUGCACUCGGCCAUCAGCUUCAUGCCUUGGGAUUUAUAGAUGUUCCAGAAGUAAAUUUGGACUCCCCUUUAGCUGAUGAUAUGAUGGAUCUCUAUGAAAGAAUGGGGGACACACUUGCCCUGCAGUAUGGUGGUUCUGGUGCUCACAACAAGAUAUUUUCUGAAAGAAGAGGUCAAUGGAAGGCCGCAACCCAGUCUCAGGAGUUGUUGAGGACAAUACAACGAUACUAUAACAAUGCCUAUAUGGAUGCAGAGAAGCAAAAUGCUAUUAACUUGUUCUUGGGUCAUUUCCAACCCCACCAGGGUAAACCAGCACUUUGGGAGCUGGGUUCUGAUCAACAUUACAAUAUCGGAAGGCAUAAUACACAUUGUCAUGAGAUUACAAGGUCAUUUAUCAAGAGAUCCCUAUCAGAUGGCAAUUUUGUAUGUGAUAGCCAAAUCCCCAUCUCUAACUGUGAUCCUGAAUCAAUUGAACUUGUUACCUCUGCAUUCCCUCCGAGAAUACAACAAGAUUCUGUUGUCAAGGGUCUCUGUGAUUCCACUCCUGAAAUUUCAACUUGUGAUAACGACAUUCAAUAUUGCAGGUACAUGUCAACAAUUGCCAGGAGGCAAAUACUUUCUGAUAAUGGACACAUAUGCUUCAGCAAACAUAGAUUCUAUGACUUGAACUAUUCAAACUUCCUUGACUUCGAUUGGCUUUCAUCAUCAGGCAAUUCAUGUGAUGAUGAAGGCUUUGACAGAUCCUCUAUCACCAACUCACCGAUGGCAAACGUUUCCACUGAUAAUGUUCUCGAAGGAACAAUCAAUGAGGAAAUUAGCAGUUUAAACAUAGAGGAUGCUGAAAUUGAGGCUGGUGAGGCCGAAGGAAGGCAAGCAUCUGAAAGUUCCAAUGCCAGUGAAUUCUCUGCCAGCUUUGCUCACUGGAUUGCUCAUGGAGGGACACUGUACUAUUGAUGUGCAAGUCAUCAAACAAAUCAUUCCCAUCAUUUCACUCUCAGGGAUGUCGAUCUUCCUAUAUCUUGAAUGUUGGUUCUGCACCAUAUUCAACAUAUCAAGUUAGAAUAAGUUCAACUUUUUGCUUCUUUAUUUUUUUACCAGAAAAAAAAUAAUUAGUGUGGUUCAAGGGUACACAGAUGCAAUUCUUUGGGGGCUAAGCUCUGUUUAUUAAUUGGUUGCAAUAGGAUUCUCCUUUGUAAAUAAAGUCACGAAGAAAAAUGCAAUAAAUGAGCAAAUAUCUGCUUUCUAAUUGCAUGUACAAAUUAGAAAUUAAACAUUUGUGUGGCCUAAUUUACUGGAUUAUUUUUAUCGAUUUUAAUGUUA